CAGAAGCACAGGAACCUACUCACAGACCUGGCCCCACACUCCUUGCUCAAAGGGGCAGUCAGAACAGGCUGAAAAUAGAAACCGCUUCCAAAAAGAUUAAGGGGAUGACUCCAGCAGAAUACCCCACUCCUUUGAAGAGCUCAGAGGAAGAUGUCAGCCCAGUCUCUUCCCGCAGCAACACCCCCUACCCAGAAGCCCCCUCGGAUCAUCCGCCCCCGUCCCCCUUCUCGGCCCCGGGCUCCCCACUCCCCAGAGCCCUCCUACAAUGGCUCUUCUCCCCAAGAACCUCUCCCCACCUCCAAUGAUGCACCAACUCCAAUGUGCAGCCCCAUUUUCUGGGAACCCCCAGCCUCCUCCCUCAAGCCUCCUGCCCUCCUUCCCCCCUCUACUUCUAAGACCAGCCUUGACUCCCAGGCUUCCCCAGAUUCACCUGCUAGCUCUCCUAGCCCAGUGUCCCGGUGUUCCAUCUCCCCAGAACCUGCUCCCCGAUCUCCAGUCCCCCCGCCCAAGCCCUCUGGGUCACCCCAAACAACCCUGUCCCGGGUCCUGCCUGAGGAUGGCCCUGCCUCAGCCCCAGGCACAGUGCGGAGACUGGCUGGCAAGUUUGAAUGGGGGGCAGAAGGCAAGGUCCAGUCUGGGGAUACCCUGGAGUAUGAUUGCCAAGGGGCAGUGGAUGUGAAUGGGGAGAGUGUGACUCCCCAGGGCACCCUCACUGGGAGUGGGUCCCAGAAUGGAGCUCCAGAUGCUGCCCUGGCUUGCCCUCCCAGCUGCCCCUGUGUCUGCCAUGUGACCCGGCCUGGCCUGGAGCUCCGAUGGGUACCUAUGGGGGGCUAUGAGGAUGCUCUCAGACCCCUCUGCCGUGCCUCCCCACUGAGAGCCUCACGCUCACGCCCAAACCCUCAGAGCAUCAGUCAUCCCCCAGUUGUCCUCACUUCCUACCGCUCCACUGCUGAACGUAAACUCCUACCACCCUUAAAACCCCCCAAGCCAAUUCGAGUCAGACAGGAUGCCUCCCCCUCUGGGGACACUCCAUCACCAGACCUCGAACUUCCUUCUGAAGGUGGAAACCAAACAGGGGACAGUCCUGAUGAAGUUCCUCGGAGCACUCCUCCAGCUACUUUGGAGAGCAGAGAGGAGGUGCUGGAGCUGCUGAAGGAGCAGAACUGGGAGUUACCUCUGCAGGAUGAACCCCUGUACCAGACCUACCGCGCAGCUGUGCUGUCAGAGGAGCUGUGGGGAGUGGGCGAGGACGGGAAUCCUGCACCAUCCAAUCCUGGAGAAGCUCCCACUUUCUCACGCCCUCCUGGACCAAAAAACACAUUGUGGCAGGAGCUUCCAGCAGUGCGGGCCAGCGGCCUUCUGGACACCCUCAGCCCCCAGGAGAGGCGCCUGCAGGAGAGCCUAUUUGAGGUGGUGACAUCGGAGGCCUCCUACCUGCGCUCCCUGCGGUUGCUGACGGACACCUUCGUGCUGAGCCAGGCCCUCCGGGACACGCUUACUCCACGGGACCACCACACUCUCUUUUCCAAUGUGCAGCGAGUUCAGGGAGUCAGUGAGCGGUUUCUGGGAACAUUGCUAUCCCGUGUGCGCGCCUCCCCCCAUAUCAGUGACCUGUGUGACGUGGUGCAUGCCCACGCCGUGGGCCCUUUCUCCGUGUAUGUGGAUUAUGUGCGCAACCAGCAGUAUCAAGAGGAAACCUACAGCCGCCUCAUGGACACAAAUGUGCGCUUCUCUGCGGAGCUUCGACGACUGCAGAGUCUCCCGAAGUGCGAGCGGCUCCCGCUGCCUUCCUUCUUGCUGCUGCCGUUUCAGCGCAUCACCCGCCUCCGCAUGCUUCUGCAGAAUAUCCUGCGCCAGACAGAGGAGGGCUCCAGCCGCCAUGAGAAUGCCCAGAAGGCCUUGGGUGCUGUCAGCAAGAUCAUUGAGCGCUGCAGCGCAGAGGUGGGACGCAUGAAGCAGACUGAGGAGCUGAUCCGGCUCACCCAGAGGCUGAGAUUUCACAAAGUCAAGGCCCUGCCUCUGGUCUCUUGGUCUCGGCGCCUGGAGUUGCAGGGGGAGCUGACUGAGCUAGGGUGCCGGAAGGGGGGCGUGCUCUUCACCUCGCGUCCUCGCUUCACCCCUCUCUGCCUGCUGCUCUUCAGUGACCUGCUGCUCAUCACACAGCCCAAGAGUGGGCAGCGCUUACAGGUUCUGGACUAUGCCCAUCGCUCCCUGGUCCAGGCCCAGCAGGUUCCAGAUCCCUCUGGACCCCCUACAUUCCGCCUCUCCCUUCUCAGCAAUCACCAGGGUCGCCCUACUCACCGGUUACUCCAAGCAUCAUCCCUGUCAGACAUGCAGCGCUGGCUGGGAGCCUUUCCAACUCCAGGACCCCUUCCCUGCUCCCCGGACACUGUCUAUGAGGACUGUGACUGUUCCCAAGAACUCUGUUCAGAGUCUUCUGCAUUGGCCAAGAAUGAAGCACAGAGUCUGGAGUCUAAGGCUCCCCUCAAGCACUUGCACAAGAGCCCUGAAGGCUGGCUGAAGGGGCUUCCUGGAGCCUUUCCGGCCCAAUUGGUGUGUGAAGUCACAGGAGAACACGAAAGGAGGAAGCACCUUCGAAAGCACCACAGGCUUCUUGAGGCUGUUGGGUCCUCUUCAGGAACCUCCACGCCCCCUCCAACCUAAUGCAGCCUGAGGAGAGGAAACACUUUGGGCUAUCUGGCAGCAAGAUAUGGAGAGGACAAAACUCAUCCAUCCUUUGGAGUCUGGCUUUCAGUGAAAACACUUCAUCUAGUGACUACCAACAGGGACUGACCUUCAGGAUACGGCAUAGCCCACCAGGAGGGAGAAUCAGAGGGACUUGUGUGUGUUUCUAAUCGGGAUGGACGUUUAAUACAGAAUAGCAAACUCUACCCCAGAGCUGGCUGAGUCCCUUUCCAAAAGCACCCCUACUAUAUUCACAGUCAAAGAAAAGAGAGCAGGAUCAGUGCAGUUAUAGAGCUGUGUGGGGCCAAAGAGAUGGUUCAGCAGGCGGAGUGCAUGCUUUUCCUGCUUGCUCAGUCCCUAGCACUGCCCUGCCCCCUGGGCACCACCAGGAUUAAUCCCCUAUAUUGAGCUGGGUGUAUCCCUGAGCUUCUCCAGAUAUGACCCCCAAACAAGAACAACAACAAAA